AUGGCGGACCAAAUGGCGGUGCUGCAGCAACUGCUGCUAGCUACCCUUGACCCUCGGCCCUCUGUGCGACAGGCAGCAGAGCAGCAGCUAACUACGGCGAGGCAGACAGACCUUGGCCAAUUUGUCAGCUCUAUGGCUGCGCUCAUUGCCUUGGAGCAGCCGCCGCAGGGGCCUCAGGGGGCCCCUGGUAGCCUUGAAGAUCUCCUUAUAGCGAAGCAGAUUGCUGCUGUAACAUUCAAGAAUUCCAUCAGCGCGAAGGAUAUGACACUAGAUGGAGCGGCGGCACAGGCCUGGCGGGCCCUUCCAGCCCAAACAAAAGCUGAAAUAAAAAAGCAGUUGCUGGCAGCUUUACAGACGGAGUGCACGCAGGUGGGCAAUGCAGUUUGCCAGGCCUUGGCAAAGUUGGGGGUAAUAGAGCUGCGAUCGUUGGAGUUUGAAGACCUCUUACCCGCACUUCAGGACAUGGUGCAGCAGGCGGUUUCAUGUCAGCAGCCGCAGCAACAGCAGCAGCUCGCCAAGGCAUGCGGACGCCAUGCUCUGACGUGUCUUGCGUAUCUCUGCGAAGAGCUUGCUGAUAUUGUUUCAGAGGGAGAAGAGCCAUCAGAGGUCCUCUCUAACGAAAGAUGCAAUGUCGUGCUCACAGCGGUCGUCCAUGGGCUGAAGGACUCGGAUCCGCAGCUGAAGGUGGCGGCACUGCGCGCUCUUUACCAUGCAUUGAUUUUCGCCAAGGAAAACUUCAAUAGAAAGGAAGAACGGGACUACAUCAUCGCUUCAGUAGUGGAGGCAGGCGGCGCGGAGAAUCCGAAUCCUGUUCAAGUUGCGGCUUUUGAGUGUAUAGUGCAAAUUUCACAGGAGUAUUACUCCUUCCUGGAAGCGUAUAUGCCUACCGUGGGACCACUUACUUGGCAUGCACUCAAGGGGUCGGAUUCGGCAGUGGUUAUUGCGGCGUUGGAAGUGUGGAAUGCUUUGGCUGAGGAGGAGCUCGCUAUUAUCGAGGGCGACUCAACCCGUUGGAAGCUUUUGAAAAUUAUGGAGCAAGCUGCACCAUUCCUGCUGCCCCUCCUCCUUUCACAGCUUCUGAAUGCGGCGGAGGACGAGGAUGAUGAUGACAGCUGGACGCCGGCGAUGGCCGCCGCCAUAUGUUUAGGCCUCUGCGCACAAGUUGUAAAGGAUGCAAUUCUUCCUCCAGUGCUAGAGUUCGUGCAGUUAAACUUCUCAUCAACGGAGUGGCGUCGUCGAGAGGCUUCUCUGUUGGCCUUGGGUUGUGUGAUGGAGGGGCCAAGCGCAGAGGCGAUGGCUCCAUACGUCGCAACUUCGUUUCCCAUGCUGGUGAAGGCGGUUGCGUCAGAUGCUUCAGUUGCUGUUAGAGACAGCGCCGCAUGGACCCUUGGCAAGGCGGCGCAGCAGCAUGCACCCAUUGUGCUGCGGCAUCUGUUCCCGCCUGCGGGCGUGUCUCCGUCGGGUGGUGCGUCCAACGCUAGCGGCGAACUCCUUCUUGCAAUUGUGGAACGUCUCGCUGACCAACCGAGGGUUGCAGUGCACAUCUGUUGGAUGCUCCAUGAGCUAGCAGACAACAUCAACACGCCUGAGGGUCGGGCUGCUUACCAAGGAGCAACCACUGCACAGCAAGAUCAAAAUCCGUUGGACCCCAUCUUUCCCAAGCUCUGUGAAGCUCUCCUGAGUGUCUCAGGGCGGCCAGAUGCUGACGAGAAAAACUUACGCGAAGCUGCAUUCAAUUGCAUGGGGGCGUUGAUUAAGAAUGCAGGCCCUGCGUGCUGGAAUCAUCUACUCUCACUUCUCGAGCACUUCGAGCUUCAGCUUAGAGAGUCCUUCUCAUUCGAGCAGACGGAACAGACUAAACAGCGCCAAGGGAUGCUGUGUGGCGUCAUUCAAAUUCUCUGCUUGCGCCUGGGUGAUCAAGUGAAACCCGUCGCCGACACCCUCUGGAGCACUCUGAAGAAGGUGUUCCAGCGUCCUGCAAACGGCGUGCAGCCUAGCCAGGCCGAGGGCAGCACAUCGCCCAAUAAUCCUCAAGGAUUUGUUGUCAGCUCCGAACCGAGUGUUUGCGAUGCUCUACUUGCACUUUCUGCCCUUAUCAAUGCUUCCGGCCCUGCGGUUUCUCCCUUUGCGAGGGAGGUGGCGGACUUGCUGGUGCUGCAGAUGAAACAUCAGCACGAGCCCCAAGAGGCAGCAUCGACAGCAACUGCUGCAACGGCUGCCGCGUCACCAAAUGAUAACAGCACUCCAGACGAGCUACAGGCUGCGCGCAUAUGUAUAGAGCUUGUGGGAGACCUUAGCAGAGCACUGGGGACGGAGUUCGGAGGCCUUGCGGAUGCCCUUCUCCACGAGUUUUACCAGCUUCUCAGAGCCCCGUCGGUGGAUAGGUCUCUAAAGCCAGUCGUAAUUGUCGCAGUCGGAGAUGUGGCGUUGAGUCUCGGGGGUGCCAAGUUUGCACGUUUCUCCCCGUGGCUGAUUGAGUUGCUGGUGCAGGCGGGUGUCACCCCGUAUGAUGCUGGGCCACCAAAUUGGCAACUCAAUGAGGAGUGGAUGUGGUACGUGCACGAGCUGCGAUCAGCUACUCUUGAGGCGUUGGCCAGCUGCGUGUAUGCACUAAAGGAGGCGCAGUUGCAGGAAGUGUUACGCAAAGAAGUCAACGGAAUGCUGCAGGUUGUAAAGGCCGUCGCUGAGGCCCCGGCUUGGGUCCAUGGCUCAGCGCAGAUGGUGCAGCAGGCAUUGGAGCUCACGGGGGAUCUGCUGUCGACAUUUGGGCGGACACUUGGUGGUUACUUGCGCUCUGCAAGCUUCGUCGUUCAGCUGCAGAGGGAGGCCGAGCGUCUGGCAACCGAAGAAGGCAACGCCGCUGUUGGAGCGAAAGCUCAGUGGCUAGCUCAGGUGCAAAUUAGCCGUAUUGUGAAUUGUCUUAAUUCGCUCCUCACACUUGUUAAGAUUCGUACAUAUUUUGUCGAGAUUGCUGCUGUGCGGUUGCUUUGCUUCAAGCGCCCUCCCUUGGACUUUGCAAUGGCUGGCUCGUUUUUAGAUAAGCUCAGUAGACGCAUUAGAGAACAUGGGACGAUCCUUUGUGUUGGGGUUGACCCUAACCUUCCGUGCCCUCCCGUUGCGUCCCUUUCGGACACGGAACUGCGGCACUUAAUGGAAGGCUUACACGCAAAGUGCACGCAACUCAUUGAAAAGACUUCUGAUUUUGUCUGCUGCUUUAAACUCAACGUGGCAUUCUUUGAACAGUACGGAUCAGGAGGAAUGGAGGCUGACUGCAUAACUUUAGAUCCGUAUUUCGGGGAGAAUGCACUCCUCCCCUUUCUCAAAGAAAAGGGGAAAGGAAUAUUCGUCGUCUGCCGAAGUUCAAAUCCACGCAGCGCGGAUUUGCAAGGUCUGCUUGUUAAGGACUGUUUGGGGGAAGCGGAUGGCAACGAGGCGCGGAUGGAGGUCUUUAUGCACGUAGCUCACAUGUGUGACAGCGUAAGGAGACAAAACGAACCUGCCAUGACUGAAGAUGGGGGCCUAGUCGGCCUCGUUGUGGGCUCUACAUAUCCCGACGACAUGAGUAGAAUUCGUUCAAUUUUCCCUGAUUUAUGGUUCUUGUCCCCGGGCAUCGGCGCACAAGGGGGGGACCUCGAGGCAACUAUUAAAGCAGGCAUCAGGAGAGACGGUCUUGGCCUUAUCGUGAACGUCGGGCGUGCCAUCUCGGAGGCGGAGGUAAAUGAGGACACCCUGUAG